AUGAAGCUCGCGAUUCUGACGCUCGUCUCACUUUCCUCAAUCGUCCUCGCACAAGAACGCUGUGACGCACCAUACCCAACGGUGUACUGUAAUACGACUGAGAUUCUCGCAUACGAGUCCUCCGACUGCCGCCCCUACCACGUUUUCAUAGCACGCGGCUCAGACGAGCCGUACCCCGGACGCCAGGGAAACAUCACCAAGGAGAUUUGCGCGGCGAUUGGAAGCGACGAUUGCGGUUUUGAAAACAUCCAGUAUCCGGCCAAGAGCACGGCGUGGGGGGUGGACGAGUGGUGCAAGUCUGCUGCGCAAGGAGCAAAGAACGGACAGGCGCAGAUGACAGCGUACGCAGCGAAGUGCCCAGACAGCAAGUUGAUACUAUUGGGGUACUCGCAGGGUGCGAGUGUUGCGCAGGAUAUCUUGGGUGGUGGGGGUGGUGCUAUAUUCUCGUGUGAACAGGCUGUAAAUCCAGCGUUGGAUCGUUCCACCGCACCGGGCUCCAACAUCGUCGCAGCUGUUACGUUUGGCGCAGUAGCCCGCGCUCGUAACCAGAACUUCACCAUUGGCGAUGGAAAACCAUACGAUGGCAGGCGCGCCCGUACAACCGAGCAAAUCGCGGCCCUUAGAAAAUUUGCCGGCGUUUUUGUAGAGUACUGCCACUACAGUGAUCCUAUGUGCGCCCCUGCGAGCUUGCCUCAGGACGUCAUGGUGCAUCUGAACUACUUUGUUGAGCACAACGAGGAGGCUGUGAAAUGGGUUGUCGACAUGGCCAAGCGUGGAGUAAACGAUGCAGUUGCAUCUAGUACUUCAACGAAGUCGGCGAAGUCCACCAGCUCUGCAAAAUCAUCGGCGUCCACGUCAGCAUCAGCAUCAGCAUCAGCGUCAACGACAGGAAGCUCCAAGGCACAGACUGCACAGAGUGGCACUGCAACCACAACUGAUUCUACUCUAUCAAAAUACCCAGCACCAUAA